AUGAUUGUUGGUAACUCGGCCGGCAAAUUCGACAUUGACCCGACGACCGGCGACAUCAGCGUGACCGGAAGUCUGGACUACGAGACAACCACCCAGUACCUGCUGACAGUGCAAGCAACGGACGGCGGCUCCCCCGCUCAGACCGGAAGCGCCACCGUCACCGUUAACAUCAAUGAUAUCAGUGACCAGGCACCCACGUGUUCUACAAACUCCUACCAAAUUUCUAUCGACGAACCUGGAACCGUUUCGUCUGUUAAUUACGUGUCUCUGGCGUGCACCGACGCCGAUGCCGUUGACACGUUGACGUAUUCCAUUGCGUCAGGAAAUAUUGGAACGGCGUUCAGUAUUUCUGCGUCAGGCGUAAUCACACUAGCUUCCGCACUUGACUAUGACGCGGGGACUCAGAACUUCGCGUUAAGCGUCCAAGUAACAGACGGAACCAACACGUUAACGAUCCCGGUCACUGUUGACGUCAAUCACGUGAACGAGGCUGCGCCUUCCGUCACAGGAAGCUCCAUCAGCAUUGACGAAUCCACGGCCGUUGGAGGUGCUGUGACGACCGUUGUAGCUACGGAUGCUGACGGAGGAAUAGACGGGGAUUUGACAUAUUCUAUCAGUCUUGGCAACUCGGCCAGUAAGUUCGACAUAGACCCUACGUCAGGCGCUAUAAGCGUGACUGGAAGCCUGGACUACGAGACGACCACCCAGUACCUGCUCACAGUGCAGGCAACUGACGGAGGCUCGCCCACUCAGACCGGAAGUGCUACCGUCACCGUCAACAUCAAUGAUAUCAGUGACCAGGCCCCCACGUGUUCUACAAACUCCUACCAAAUUUCUAUCGACGAACCUGGAACCGUUUCGUCUGUUAAUUACGUGUCUCUUGCGUGCAUAGACACCGAUGCCGUUGACACGUUGACAUAUUCCAUAGCGUCAGGGAAUACUGGAACAACGUUCAGCAUUUCUGCGUCUGGCAUAAUCACAUUAGCUUCAGCCCUUGACUAUGACCUUGGUACUCAGAACUACGCGUUAAGCGUCCAAGUAACAGACGGGACCAACACGUUAACGAUUCCGGUCACUGUUGACGUCAAUCACGUGAACGAGGCUGCUCCUUCCGUUACAGGAAGCACCGUCAGCAUUGACGAAUCCACGGCCGUUGGAGGUGCCGUGACGACCGUUGUAGCUACGGAUGCUGACGGAGGAAUAGACGGGGAUUUGACAUACACUAUCAGUCUUGGUAACUCCGCCGGCAAAUUCAACAUAGACCCUACGACCGGCGCCAUCAGCGUGGCCGGAAGUCUGGACUUCGAGACGACGACCCAGUACCUGCUCACAGUAAAGGCGACGGAUGGAGGCUCCCCCGCUCAGACCGGAAGUGCCACCAUCACCGUCAACAUCAAUGACAUCAGUGACCAAGCUCCAACGUGUUCUGCAAACUCAUAUUAUGUUUCAAUCGACGAACCUGGCGCGAUAUCAAUAUAUAAUUACGUCACGCUUGCGUGCACUGACACCGAUGCCGUUGACACGUUGACGUAUUCCAUAGCGUCAGGAAACACUGGAACGACGUUCAGUAUUUCAGCGUCUGGUGUAAUCACACUAGCUUCCGCCCUUGACUAUGACGCGGGGUCUCAGAACUUCGCGUUAAGCGUCCAUGUAACAGACGGAACCAACACGUUAACGAUCCCGGUCACUGUUGACGUCAAUCACGUGAACGAGGCUGCACCUUCUGUUACAGGAAGCACCGUUAGCAUUGACGAAACCACGGUCGUAGGAGGUGGUGUGACGACCGUCGUAGCUACGGAUGCUGACGGAGGAAUAGAUGGGGAUUUGACAUACACUAUUAGUCUUGGUAACUCCGCCGGCAAAUUCAACAUAGACCCUACGACCGGCGCCAUCAGCGUGACCGGAAGUCUGGACUUCGAGACGACAACCCAGUACCUGCUCACAGUAAAGGCGACGGAUGGAGGCUCCCCCGCUCAGACCGGAAGUGCCACCAUCACCGUCAACAUCAAUGACAUCAGUGACGAAGCUCCAACGUGUUCUGCAAACUCAUAUUAUGUUUCAAUCGACGAACCUGGCGUGAUAUCAAUAUAUAAUUACGUCACGCUUGCGUGCACUGACACCGAUGCCGUUGACACGUUGACGUAUUCGAUUGCGUCGGGAAAUACUGGGUCGAAGUUCAGCAUCAGCACAGCUGGUGUUAUUACGUUGGCAUCUGCCCUAGACUACGACGCGGGAACGCAGAAUUUUGCUCUGUCAGUCCAAGUAACAGACGGCACAACAACGUUAACGAUUCCCGUCACAAUGGACGUCAGUCCCGUCAACGAGGCCACUCCGACGUUCGGCGCAGACGUGGACGUAACGUUCGCGGAAAACACGGCAGUUGGUACGUCGCUGGCGACACACGCUGCCACCGACGCUGAUGCUUCACCUCAUGCAGUCGUCAGCUACUCGAUCAGUUCAGUAACAAACAGCGGUUCAAGUAAAUUCAGCAUUGACCAGAAGACUGGUGAACUCAGUCUGGCUCAGAUGUUGGACUACGAGACGGCUACGAGCUACGUAAUCACCGUUAUCGCCGUCGAUGGAGGCUCGCCCACACCUAACACGGGCACAGGAACAGUUACGAUACAGGUGUCAGACGUGAACGACAACGUACCGACGUGUUCCUCUUAUGCCCACGUUCUAACGGUGGCGGAAGAUACUGCGACGAAUACAGCGGUGAUACCUGAUCUGGGAUGCGCUGAUGCCGAUGGUACCACACCGACGUACACCAUCGCCACUCAGACGCCCGCCAGCCACUUCUCCAUAGAUACCAGCGGGGCUACUCCUGCACUGGUCGUGGGAUCUACUCUCAAUUACCAAACCUACACUUCGUAUGCUAUCGAGAUAACUGUCAGCGACGGUAGUCUUACAGAUACAGUGUAUGUAGACAUCUCCAUCACUGAUGUCAACUCUGGUGGGCCAUCAUUUAGUGCGGCGACUUACACAACCAGCAUCGCUGAAAAUACCGCAGUCAGCACAUCAGUUUUCACCGUGACGGCGACCGACCCUGAUCUGACCACAAGUACUUACGGCAAACUUACGUACUCUAUCACCGCUGGAAACACCGGGGGCGUGUUUGUCAUUAAUCCAACUACUGGGAGAUUAUCUGUCUCUGGCGUGUUGGACACUGAGACAACACCGUCAUAUUCCUUGACAGUACAAGUCAGUGAAGAGACGGGUGGAAAUACUGAUACCUCUACGUUAACGAUAACCGUCACUAACGUCAAUGACAAUACGCCAACAUGUACAUCGGAUAUGACGUUUAGCUAUUCAUUGGCGGAAGAGGGAACUGUAGGUGAUGUCAUUCACAGCAUGACAUGUACGGACGCAGACGGUGAUUCUAUGACUUACACAAUUUCUUCAGGCAGUACUACCUAUUUCCAGAUUACGGGCACAGAUUUGAUGUUGAAAGCGGUAAUAGACUACGAGACGUCAGGGGCAACCCAGUAUGACCUGACAGUGGAUGUGUCUGACGGUACAUACAGCGUGGACGUCACUGGCAGUGUCGUUGUAACGCCUGUAAACGAAGUUCCACCGACCUUUACCUCUUCGACUUCGGUUUCUGUUUUGGAGACAGAGACGGUCGGAACCAGCGUAUACCAGGCUGUCGCCACUGAUACGGAUACUGGUGGACACGGUGAUCUCCGGUAUUACAUCCGGUCUGGGAACACUGGAACAGCGUUUAGUAUCAACUCCUUCACCGGGGAUGUGUUCGUAGCAAACUCGCUCGAUUACGAUUCAGCACCAACAUCAUAUACGCUCGAGAUCGAAGCGGAAGAUAUGACGACGUCAAACAGUGAUACGAGGACGUCUACUCUUACAUUAGCAGUGACGUUGACAGACGAUAACGAUCAGACACCGACGUUUACUCAGGACUUGUAUACGACAACACUAGAUGAGAACGUUGCAACAUCAACGUCAGUGCUUACUGUAACGGCAACAGACACUGACGCCGGUGCAAGCGGCACUUUUACAUUCUCUGUUAUUAUGGGAACAGGCUCUUCAUUGUUUACAGUUGCCAGUUCGACAGGAGUUAUAACCACAACUGGAACAAUAGAUUAUGAAACUUUGAGCACCUAUGACUUAGUGGUACAAGCGAUAGAUGGAGGGACAUCUCCGCUUUCGUCAACAUGUUUUGUGCGGAUAUCAAUCAAUGACAUGAACGACAACACCCCAGUAUUCCCCUCGUCAUCGCUGACUGUAUCAAUCACAGAAUCUUCAGCGGUAGGAACGGCGGUCGCCACUGCCGCUGCUACGGACGACGACUCCGUUACCGGAAAUAACAACAUCAUAGUCUACUCGUUUUCAACCGCUUCAGCCAAGUUUUCGAUAGAUUCCUCUACCGGAUCCAUUACAACUAUUGAUACUCUAGACAGGGAAACGGCUGCAAGUUACACGUUGGUUGUGUACGCAACUGAUCAAGGUAGCAACCCUCAGCAAAACACAGGGAGCGUAACCUACACGGUAGUUCUGAAUGAUGAGAAUGACAAUGACCCGGUCGUUCAGAACAUACCCUAUGACACCACAAUCGCGGAAGAUGCGACAUUAAAUACAGCUGCAUUUACAAUAUCGGUAACCGACGCGGACGAAAAUGAAAACGCAUAUUUGACUUAUUCUUUAACGAGUGGAAAUACAAACUCAGAUUUUAGCAUAGAUUCUGGGUCUGGAUUAUUACAAGUGGUGAAUACAUUGGACAGAGAAACAACUGAUGUAUAUUAUCUUGAAGUGACCAUUGUCGACGCAGGUGCAGUCCCUCGUAGUGCUAUUGUCACCGCAACUGUGACCGUGAGUGAUGUAAAUGACAACUACCCUAUUUUCCAGCCCGAUCCUACCACAACGUAUUCAUUUAGUGUAUCAGAACAAGUUCCGAGCGGUUCUUCUGUCGACAGUGUAUCAGCAACGGAUGCUGAUAUCAAUACAAAUGGCGCUGUCACAUUUUAUGUGGCGUAUUUUCUGGCGGGGGACAGCAAUCACUUUGUUAUAGACUCCUCAAGCGGUGCGAUUGCCACAGCAGCUACGCUGGACAGAGAAACACAAGAUACUUAUGUGCUUGUUGUCCGAGCAAUUGACGGAGGGACGAGUCCUAAAACGGCCACCGCUACUGUCUCUAUAACUAUCUUGGACUAUAACGACAACACCCCAUCGUAUAGUCAAACGCUUUAUACAGGCACAGUGACGGAAAAUGUAGCAGCCGGAACGAGCAUUCUUACAGUUUCAAUCGACGACCUUGAUAUAAACAUGAACUCUGCAAUUACUCUUUCUAUUGCUGACUCUACUGCUGACAUGUAUAUUGCAGCCGACUCUAUCACGUACAUUUUGUCCGUGAAAACCCCCAUUGAUCGAGAAACUGUGAGUUCCUUUGACUUUGUAUUGACUGCAACAGAUGGUGGUACGCCUCCUCUUUCCUUUACAACUCAAGUACAAAUCACCGUGAACGAUGUGAACGAUAACGCACCUAUAUUUACGCAGUCGUUUUAUAACAGUGAGAUAGCGUACAACGAUGCAUGUCAAGUGACGGCGGCCACGCUAACGGCGACUGAUGCUGACACUGGUGUUAAUGCGGAUUUCACUUUCUCGGUGACUCAAAAUGACCAUCCAGAGGUGUUUUUGUUAGAUUCCCAGACAGGAGAUAUAGUUCUGGCUUCAACUGCAACUGCGGGCUCAAGUUACCAAAUAUACGCCACCGCUACAGACUCCGGUACACCACCGAUGACGUCAGCUAACAGUGCAACAGUGCGCGUGGACGCGUAUAACCCAAAUACCGUUGUUUUGAACUAUUACAUGGGAAUCAGCAAGGCGACGUUCCUUAGUAUGGAAUCUACGUUUCUAAGCCAGCUAACAACGCUAUAUCAGGCCACAUAUUCGACGUCAGAGGCCAAACGGUGGUGUGUUGAAGAAAACGGUUCCAACGCUUGUAUUGUACGAGUCUACGUUAUCAAGGACGAUACGGCGGACGCAUUUUCAGAACUGGCAAACGACAAAGUAUUUCUUUCGGUUGAUGAAGCGUACGCCAUUACAGCCCUUGAUGACGUCGGAACACCUUCCAGUGGUAUAACAGGCAGCUCGUGGACAGCUUUUUCAAUAACUAGAGUGGAGAAAUAUUACACCGAGGAAGAGAAUACGCCUUGGAUCGAGACGACCGCCGGCAUCAUCACCGUGUCGGUCGUGUGCGGUGUCGCCUUCUUGUUGAUCGUGGCUGGCAUCGCUGUCGCAAUGUACAAGUAUCGGAAGACCGGCAGAGGUAACAUCUUAAAGAAGAGCCGUGCAGAAGAAGAUGAAGAAAGGACGGAUGGUCCUAGGAAAACUGGCAAACCAAAACCGACGGAGGCAAUGAUAAAACCCUACGACAAGAGCCACCCACCUCCUGCUGUUGUUGCUCUUCCCAUGCCUGAGAAACAUCCAGCACCACGACCUCCACGGCGAGAUGAACUGAAAAAACAAGAUUCAAAUGGCUCACUACGAUCCCCUCCUACUCCAAUCAGAGCAACAAACAACCCACCCUCCAAACAACCUCACGGGACCCCGCCUAAGGGGGGCACACGGACUGGUACACCAACCAACAGAGUGACUCCGACCCAUACACCCAUUGAUUCAGAGUAUAUUGUACUGAACAGAAAGUUUGAUGGACGGGCGAUAGAUCCUGUAUCUGGGCGAGUUUACGAAUACAAUACACAGACAAACGAACGACGGUGGAUAAGUACACCUGAUGGACAGCAUGUCACUUCCUAACCUGACCAGAAACUGAAGAAAAUGUAUUGUGGGAUCUCUUAAUAGAAACUAGAAAAAAAACUGCAAAUGAAUUUUGAAAAGCGAAAGGUUGAAUAGUUAAAGUAAAAAUUUACCUUGGUCGUAACUUAAAAAAACAAAAAUAUUAAAAAUUUUAGAAUGAUAAUUGAUACACAUGUUCCCAGAGGCAAUACACACAUGUAAAACAAGGCCAAUAACACUGACUUAUUAUUGUCAAGAAAUGACGCCAGGCCCCAAUUUCUUGAAACUUCUUAAGUCCCUUAUAACGGAAUUAAGCUAAUCUGACUAUUUUUGUUGUUCUAUAAAAUGUGUUAUAUUUACUUCUUCAAGAAUUUUUAGAAAUUAUGUAGGAAUAAUCUGUAUGAUUUUCAGAAUAAAGAAAUUUUUCAUUCAUCAAAAUCCAUUUUCAGUAUGUAUUUUGGCUAAUUAAAAUAAGCGACUUAAGCCUGUUAAGCUUAAGAAGUUUCGAGAAAUUGGGGCCUGAUCGUUUAAAAGUCAUUCAAACACUUUUACUUGACCAUAACUUUAAAACCAAAUAAAAUUUCCCAUGAUUUUGUUUUGGUUACCAGAAACAAUUUUUACUAUAUAGAAAGGCCCAUAACUCUGGAUUUAAUUGUCAAGUUAUGCCCCUUGAUAGAUUAAAAAAGUAAUGCACAAACUUAAUAACUUGAACAAAUAUGUACAAGUUACUGUGAGAACAUGUUACUUAGUGCCAAAAUACACUAAGGCCAGAUAUUUGGGCAUUAAUAAUUUAUCACCCCCCUUGAGAGUUUGAAAAAUAUCAGGCAAACUUUAACUUGGCUGUAGGUUAAUAACCAUUUUAUAUUUCACAUGAAACUGUGUAUACACAGCACUGGAAAAUUUUACACAUUUUUGCAAUGUCAAUAACUUGUGAUGAAAGAAAUGACGCGCUAUGCCCUUUGUUGACUAAAAAGAACAGACAAGCGUUGACGUUGCCUCCGCGGCGCUAAUGUUGCUUUACAAAAUGUAGUUGGAAUAUACCAAAUUCCCUAUCAAAAUUCAAUUUCAAAGACUUUUCCAAAACGUUUGUAUUUCAUCCAAAACUUUUUUUUAGGCGAGAUCUUGUCAAUUCUGAUGAAUUUUGAAUGAAAACAUAUUUCAUCAUCGAAAACUUUGGUUCUAGAGCAAUUUAAAACACUGGUGAGAUCAUUGCCAUAGUUUUGUGAUAAGCACCUCUUGUGCGGUAUACAAGGGGACUUUUGAGGUUAAGUUAUGAACACUGAUCUAGUUUUUUCAUUUCUAGUCUCAUUUUGCAUAUUUAAAUUCAUUCGUCCAUUUCAGUUGUUAUUGUUUAUGUGUGUUUCAUUACGAGAGAUGGGCAUACAUUGUUAGGUUGUAAUUAUUGUCCUUUACAUUUAAGUUUUAAAUAUUGUUUAUGAACAUGCUAUAUUUAUUCCACGAUCGGGUUAAACGAUCUGUGAUAUAUUUAUGAGGAAUAAUGUCUCUUGUGAAACAGUGCUCAAAAUGAUUCAACGUAAAUACGUUCAUGUUUCUUAUGCUUCUUUUACAUCUUCAUUUUUUUUAAAUAAAAACAU